AUGGUAGACCAAGCCGACCCCAUAAGCAACGAAUCCUGGUCCUUCGAACUCUCCCUCGCCGAGAACCUCGUUGUCAGCUUCUUCAAGCUCGUGAACAAAUAUAUCCCCUGGCACAAACUCCCCACCCUCCUGGCAACCUUCAACCUCCUCGCCUUCCGCUUCGAACUCCGCGCCAAGAACCUCUACGAUGGCUACGCCACCAAGGAGCCGCAAGCAAGCCUCGAAACCGACCCCUUGCUAGACAAGCGUUUCCUAGGAACCCGGAACUCAGAUGGCGAGUUCAACAGCCUCGAGAUGCCUAAGAUGGGGUGUGCGGGUAUGAGGUUUGGCCGGAAUGUGCCUCGGAAGUGUGCCAAGAAGCCUACGGAGGAAGAGAUGAUGACGCCCAAUCCGAGGUUGAUUAGCGAUACGUUCAUGAAGAGGACGGAGGAGGGUUUCAAGCCGGCUACGACGUUGAAUUUGUUGGCAGCGGCUUGGAUUCAGUUCCAAGUCCAUGAUUGGUUCUUCCAUGAGCAGCAAACGGGAGAUAAUUACCACAUCCCUCUCCCACCCAAAGACGACUGGCCGAGCAAAGAUGGAACGAUGGCAUUGCCCAAAUCAGUCCCAGAUGCCGUUCUUGAUCCUUCAGACAAGGCAUGCCCGGGCUACAAAAACGCCAACACGCCAUGGUGGGACGCCUCGCAACUCUAUGGCAAUUCAGAAGACCAGACGAAGUCACUACGGACGAAGCAUCCCGACGGUAAGCUCAUGUUAGAGGACGAUAACAAGGAGGCUUUUCUGCCGCGGGACGAAAAGACAGGACUACCUGUGACGGGGUUCAACAACAACUGGUGGAUCGGCCUAGAACUCCUCCACACCCUCUUCGCGCUCGAACACAACGCCGUCUGCACCACCCUCCGCACCGCAAACCCAACCUGGACUGGCGACCAAAUCUUCGACAAAGCCCGUCUCGUAAUCUCCGCCCUCAUGGCCAAAAUCCACACCGUAGAAUGGACGCCCGCUAUCCUCGCCCACCCCGCCCUACAAAUCGCAAUGGAUACCAACUGGUGGGGUCUCGUAGGCGAAACGCUGCACAAACUCGCCGGUAAGAUCCCAGGAGGCGAAGUUCUAGGCGGGAUCCCUGGAUCAGGUGUCGACCAAGAUGGGGUUCCUUACUCCCUGACCGAGGAGUUUGUGAGUGUUUACCGCAUGCACACACUCAUACCAGACAACAUCGCCUUCUUCUCCGCCACUUCCGGUGACCACGAACGCACCACCCCAAUCCAAGAUGUAGUCUUCGGCAAAGCCCGCGAUCCCCUCGACACGGGCGUGAGUUUCGCAGAUGCAUUCUAUUCCUUCGGCAUCAACUACCCGGGCGCUAUCACACAUAACAAUUACAGCUCCUUCCUACGCGGGCCAAUGGAUCCGGGGGAUGGUGUACCAAGGGACAUGGCUACGGUGGAUAUCCUUCGGGAUCGCGAGAGAGGGAUCCCACGGUACUGUGAGAUGAGGAGACUUCUGCAUAUGACGGCGCCGAAGUCCUUCCUCGAACUCACAGGCGGCACGGGCAAAGCCGGCGAUGCGGCGACGGCACUCGCGCAGAAGCUUGAAAGCGUGUACGAGGAUAUCGAAAAAGUAGACUUACUGAUCGGAAGCCACUGUGAGCCGCUACCAAAGGGCUUCGGGUUCAGCGAUACGGCCUUCCGCGUCUUCAUCCUCAUGGCCUCCCGCCGUCUAAAAUCCGACCGCUUCAUCGCUGGCCAAUGGGACGUCGAAACCUACACCCCCGAGGGUCUACAUUGGGUACAAUACACCACGAUGAAAGAUGUUUUGAUUCGACAUUUCCCCGAACUCACCGACACGCUCAAACACAGCAAGAAUGCUUUCGCGCCGUGGACGCAGAUGGAAGCGAGUAAGACUUACAAGGGCAGGGAGACGAAUGCACCCAAGAUGGCGAGUUAA